UGUUGCUGAUGGAUUGGUUUGCCAUCGUCACGUGACUGCGUUUCUGGGUUUUCUGACCAACGGCGGAAGGUCCAUGUGACGUCAGAAGGUUAGCUGCUCGGUGCUUUGAAUCUCAGCUAGCUUACCGCUCGGUUACCAUGAGAGAAGCCCCGGCCCGGUCCGGCCCGGUCCGGCAGACAUGGAGCAGUACAGCAUCCUGGGUCGGAUCGGAGAAGGAGCUCAUGGCAUCGUCUUCCAGGCCAAACACAUCGAGACAGGAGAGACGGUGGCCCUGAAGAAGGUGGCGCUGAGGAAGCUGGAGGACGGGAUCCCGAACCAGGCAGUGAGGGAGAUCAAGGCCCUGCAGGAGAUCGAGGACAACCAGCAUGUGGUGAAGCUGAAGGAUUUCUUCCCUCAUGGAACCGGCUUUGUCCUGGUGUUUGACUUCAUGCUCUCUGACCUCUCUGAGGUCAUCAAGAACUCCCAGCGACCUCUGACCCCGGCUCAGGUGAAGGGCUACAUGAUGAUGCUGCUGAAGGGCGUGGCCUUUCUGCACCAGAACUCCAUCAUGCACCGGGACCUGAAGCCCGCCAACCUCCUCAUCAGUUCCUCGGGUCACCUGAAGGUGGCAGACUUCGGCCUGGCCCGGCUGUUCAGCGACCAGGGGGAGCGGCUCUACAGCCACCAGGUGGCCACCAGGUGGUACCGAGCGCCAGAGCUCCUGUACGGAGCCCGAAAAUACGACGAGGGAGUUGACCUGUGGGCGGUCGGAUGCAUCUUCGGAGAGCUGCUCAACUCCUCUCCUCUGUUUCCCGGGGAAAACGACAUCGAGCAGCUCUGCUGCGUCCUGCGAGUUCUGGGGACGCCGACCCGGGAGAGCUGGCCCGAAAUGGUCGAGUUGCCAGAUUACAAUAAAAUCACCUUCAAGGAGAAUCCAGCGAUCCCAUUGGAGGAGGUCGUCCCUGACACGUGUCCUCAGGCCGUGGACCUGCUCCGCCGCUUCCUGGUUUACCCGUCCAGGCGGCGCUGCUCCGCCACACAGGCUCUCAUCCAUCCCUUCUUCUUCUCCUCUCCUCUUCCUGCUCACCACUCCGAGCUGCCCAUCCCUCAGAGGGGGGGUCGCCCUCCCCGCCAGCGCCUGCAGGCUCCGCCCACCGACUUCUCCGUGGACCUGCCCUGCAGAACAGCAUGGUAGACCCCGCGGAGCUGGAGCCACACGCCUCCUGCCUCUGAAAAGACUCAAAAUGUUGGAAAUGAGAGGAGGAGAGAGAAUUACCGAACUACUGAACUACUGAACUGAACUACUGAACUGAACUACUGAACUACUGAACUGAACUACUGAACUACUGAACUGAACUACUGAACUACUGAACUACUGAACUACUGAACUACUGAACUACUGAACUGAACUACUGAACUACUGAACUGAACUACUGAACUGAACUACUGAACUGAACUACUGAACUGAACUACUGAACUGAACUACUGAACUACUGAACUGAACUACUGAACUGAACUACUGAACUACUGAACUGAACUACUGAACUGAACUACUGAACUACUGAACUGAACUACUGAACUACUGAACAGAACUACUGAACUACUGAACUGAACUACUGAACUGAACUACUGAACUACUGUACAGAACUACUGAACUACUGAACAGAAUACUGAACUACUGAACUGAACUACUGAACUGAACUACUGAACUACUGAACAGAACUACUGAACUACUGAACUGAACUACUGAAACUGAACUGAACUACUGAACUACUGAACAGAACUACUGACUACUGAACUGAACUACUGAACUGAACUACUGAACUACUGUACAGAACUACUGAACUACUGAACAGAACUACUGAACUACUGAACUGAACUACUGAACUGAACUACUGAACUACUGAACAGAACUACUGAACUACUGAACUGAACUACUGAACUACUGAACUGAACUACUGAACUACUGAACUGAACUACUGAACUACUGAACAGAACUACUGAACUACUGAACUGAACUACUGAACUGAGUUUGUUUUGCAUCAGCUGCUUUGUGAGGUCUGCUGCUGACUUGUUUCCAUGGAAACCGGUGGUUGGUCUUCAUGAACUCCAGUCCAGAAUGGGGCCUCUUACUGGUGUUACUGGGAGGGCCAGCAAAGUCUUCACUCCCAGCUUCCACCCAGUAUGAAUCAGCUGGAACAGAACCUUCUGGUUCCCUCAGGAUGAUGGUUCUGGCUGGAUUCACUGGGAGAAUCCCAGUCCUUCCAGUAUGGAAGCAGAGCACCAGGCACGACUGUUUGGACCCUCGAAGUUUCAGCAGUGAUCUAUGAUGUUGCUUCAUGUCCGGUUUCAUCGCCAAAUACCACAGAACAAGACCUGUGUGGGCGGAGCCAGUGGUGGGUGGAGCCAGCAGUGGGAGGAGCCAGUGGUGGGUGGAGCCAGCAGUGGGAGGAGCCAGUGGUGGGUGGAGCCAGCAGGGAGGAGCCAGUGGUGGGUGGAGCCAGCAGUGGGAGGAGCCAGUGGUGGGUGGAGCCAGCAGUGGGAGGAGCGCUGGCUCCUUGUAGAAGGAGCAGCUCCUCAAUCCUCUCUGUUGCAACAAAAGACCCUAUGACCAGACAGAGCUCUCACUCUCAGAAGAAGAGAUGAUGUCAGGUGUGAUUCCAUCAGCUGAUUGGUCGUCAGGCUUUUCAGCCACCAGGGGUCAGAGGUCAUCAGGCUUCGGCAUGAAGGUCAGGACCUGCAGUGUUUGCUUUCAGUCAGAGAGUUUUUGGAAGAAUAAUCUGAGAAUCAGGUGAAAUGUUUUUAUUUGUACUUUUCCAUGUUGUUUCUCUGUCACAAUGGAACCAGUUCAGUUCCACUGGUUCCCAGUCAUCGGUGUCCGGCCCUGCAUUCAGUUCAUGUCAGGAUUCAGCCUGCAGCUGGGAUUAAAUCUGCUCUCCUCUGGCUAAUCCAGGAGCCGAUUAGGGACAAUCUGGAGCUGUGUCAGCGCUGAGGUUCCUCAGGGCUUCAUCUUUGGUCCCUGUUGCUUCCUGUGCUCCACCUGGGCCCCUGCUGGGCUCCUCUGUGUUUCAGGACCUUUUGUCUUCAACAGGCUCCAACAUCCCUGAGCGCUUCUGACACCGACAGCUCACCUUUGACCCUGACCUGAGCUUCCUUGCAUAUUUUUGUCUGUGACGAUGUUGCUGCGUCUGACUGGUUGUUGUAGCUCGGCGCCGAAGCUCACUGGUCGGCCUCGGAUGAAUCAGGGCUCCUCAGAU